AUGUGGCAAUUUACUGAUGAUUAAUAUCCUAAAUUUACUACUUUUCCUGAAAUUUUGAAGAGGCCUGAUGCUAAAACUAAAUAAACGAGCAUAGAUAACAAACUUGCUUAGGAGGAUCAAAAUGAAAAUACAGAAGUUAGACCAAAAAAGGUAAAUAUGAAACCUAGACUCCCUGUUUUAUCGAAUUUACUCUUAAAGCCAAAAUAGCCACCUACCUCACCAUAAUAAAAUAAAAAUAAAGAAGAAAAUAAAAUUACAAAGAAAUAACGUAUGGAACCUGUUAAAUCCGUAGUUUAAAUUAGAUCAAAUUCAAAUGCACCUUAAAUGGUAAAGUAACUAACAAAUGAAAAAUUAGAAAUUAAGGAAAAAGUCAAAGUGGAAUUUAAACCAUUAAAAAAAGUAGAGAGAUUAGAUGAAUAUGAAAUCUAAGAGAUUAUUGGUUAAGGUUCUUAUGCAAUUGUUAGAAAAGGAGUUCAUAAGAUUAAUGGUUAGAUUGUGGCCAUUAAGGUUUAUUCCAAAGAAAGACUCUAUGAUCCUUAACGUGCUAGAGCAGUGGCCAAGGAAAUUCAAAUUCUUAGAUAAUGUAAUCACAAGAAUAUUAUACAUUUGAUCAAGGUUGUAGAAUCCAAUAAAAAUAUAAAUUUAAUAAUGGAAUACGGAGGCGAUCAAUCUUUGAAAAAGGUUAAGAACUUAUAAGAAGUUGAAGUUCAAUUAAUUUUCUUUUAAAUAUUGAAGGCUGUGAAUUAUUUACACAACAAAAAAAUAGUUCAUCGAGAUAUCAAAUUAGAUAACAUACUACUAAAUGCAUAAAAAGAGAUCAAACUAAUUGAUUUUGGAUUUGCUACAGAAAUUGAUGGAUAUAUUAACACCACAUAUGGAACUCCUUCUUACAUGAGUCCAGAAAUGCUACCUCCAAAUCCAAGAUAUAAUGAAAUGACAGAUAUCUGGAGUUGCGGAGUUGUACUUUAUGCUCUAUUGUUUAACAAAUUUCCAUUUAGUGGUCAUACAGAGAAAGAAUUAUAAAUGAAAAUAAAGAAACAAGAUCUACAUGUCUACUCAAUUGAUGAAGAGAUUUUGGAAGUGUUGUUAAAUUGUUUAGAGAGGGAUGUUGAUAGAAGGAAAACAGCAGAUUAAUUAUUAAAAACUCUCUGGAUGAUUUGCAUAGAUUGA